AUGGAGGGCCGCGGCACCGGCUCGGGGGGGGCUGGCUACAACGAGGCCCUGCUGCACAAGACGAUCCUGGUCGGAGACAGCGGCGUGGGGAAGACAUCUCUGCUGGUCCAGUUUGACCAGGGCAAGUUCAUUCCUGGUUCCUUCUCCGCCACCGUGGGCAUUGGGUUUACGAACAAAGUGGUGGCCGUGGAUGGCGUGAAGGUGAAGUUGCAGAUCUGGGACACGGCAGGACAGGAGCGUUUCCGCAGCAUCACCCAUGCCUACUACAGGGACGCCCAAGCCCUGCUCCUGCUCUACGAUAUCACCAGCAAGAUGUCCUUUGACAACAUCCGCGCCUGGCUGACGGAGAUCCACGAGUACGCCCAGAAGGAUGUGGUCAUCAUGCUGCUGGGCAAUAAGGCUGACGUGAGCAGCGAGAGGGCUGUGAGGACAGAGGAUGGAGCGUCGCUGGCCAGGGAGUACGGGGUGCCUUUCAUGGAGACAAGCGCCAAGACGGGCAUGAACGUGGAGCUGGCCUUCCUGGCCAUUGCCAAGGAGCUAAAGCAGCGCGCAGUGCAGCCGCCGGAUGAGCCCCGCUUCCAGAUCCACGACUACAUCGAGUCACAGAAGAAGAAAUCCAGCUGCUGUGCCUUUGCUUGAGAGCGGCCGGGAGGAGCCGGCAGCCCCAGGGGCGCAGGCAGGCGGGAGGCUGAGCGGGGGCCCGAUCCUGCCCUUGAGCACCGGAGGGAACCAGGCUCCGACAAGCCAAGUGUGGACGGGACGAUGCGGCGGACCAGAGCGUGCACAAGGAGAGCCAUUGCCCCGGCGCCAGGAUCCAGGGGCCGGAUCCUGCUGCCCUGCAGGGCAAUGCCUGGAGCUUACUGUGUGCCAUUGGGGGAAUAACCGCGGUGUGAUGACUGCCAGCCUGGCCAGCGAGCCACGGUGGUGCCUCCGUCACCUGAGCAGGAUGCAGGAUAUGGCCCCACACCUAGCUGAGGGCCCCUUGGAGCGGCUGGAGGGGCCGUGUGUGUGCCAUGGAUGAGCCCCCAUGCAGCCCCCGGCCCUCUCCUCCCCUGCAGCCAUCCCUGCUCUCGGUGCUGCUCUCAUCCGGCUGGAAGGGCCUGAUCCAGCCCCCCGCGUCCCUGGUGCUGCCGGGCUCUGGCUUCCCUCCAGGGAGCCUCGGCUCUGCCCCCCGGGCUGCCCCACGCCCGGGUGCAGCCGGUGCCCACACAGCCAUGGCUCCUCGCUGCUGCGGUUGCUGAUGUCGGCUUUUAUCCUCCUGUCGCCACGAGGGUAGCGAUGUCCCCGUUAUGUCCCAGUUCUGCCAGAGGGAAGGGCUGGGAUGGGGAAGCAUCCAGCCAAGCCUACUCCCUGCCUGUGCAGCUGGCGUGAGAAAUAAAACUCCCCUUGGAGCGCCCGAGUGAUGCUUGGGGCACUUCUGGUACACAUGGCAAUUUGGAAAAACCUUUAUUUCCCCCCUCUUGUAGCCACAGGAAUUAGAGACUUUAUUUUUUUAACAGGAAAAGCCUUUUUCUUUUCAGUCCCUCCAGACAAAACCAUCUCUGGCCUCAUGCAGACUGGAGCUGGUGGGGUAGAGGUGCCCGCGGUGGCCUGGGGCUGCUGUGCCUGCCAGCUCCCAGGGCAGGCUGGGUUUCUCUCCCGUCGCUGCACAUGUAAUACAACUGUUUCUUCCUACCGCUGGCAAAUAGCAGCUGAAACGCACUCUCUGGAGAGCAGAUGCCUGAGAUGCUUCAGCCAGCAAACGUUGCUACGUUGGGCACCGGUGGGGCGCAGGGUGCAAGGCGUGGGCCCCGCGUUGCUGCACAUCCCCGGUGCUCAGCCUGGCUCUGCCGACCCCUCCGGCACACUGCCGGCUCCCCCGAGCACGACCUAGGGCAGUGAGACAGUGAAUAUUUGGUUGUGUAGCUGAAGAGCUGAUGUGAAGGGCAGCUGCGGAGGGCAUGGCACUGCUGCACGUAGGAGUCGGGGACUGUCCGGCACAUCCGUCCCCCCCAGCAUCUUCCCUGGCCCUGCGCCCGAGCUGCUCAUCUCUCACCCGGCCCAGUGCCUCCUUCGCCUCUGCUCUGCUCCCGGGUCUCUCUUUGCAAGUUUACAGAUUAAAGCUGGGUAUUUUCGA